AUGAUCCUUCUGCCUUUACUUUUGCACAUCGCAAUCAUCACGCUCAAUCUGACGUACUGUUGCGUAAGUUUAAGAAGGAAUUUCCCGGGAAACAGAGAAUUUUGUAGAAAAAGAAAAAUGCGUCGAGUAAGGGAGCCGGUGGGGCGCCGACUUCCGACUCCGCUGCAAACGACGGUCAAACGUCGCUGAAAGGAGGGGAAGCCGGUGCCAAGGGUGAAGGAGAAGAAAAAGCUCCUGCUAUGGCUGGUAGCUUUCUUACUUUUAUGAGAACCAUUAAGAAGAAUUUCAGGAACACACGAUCCAAACUAUCAAACUCUCGCUGGAAUCGGAGGCGAUGUAUUCAAUAAACCUGGUGAAGGAGGGGCGGCUGGUGGAGCGCCAGCUGCUGGAGCUGCAGCAGGUGGAGGAGCUCCGAUGGCCGGUGAGUCUUGUCAGAAACUUUGAAGGCCGAAAAGUGAAAAAAAAUUGAACAACGAGGAUCCAAAGAGAACAAAUUUAAGGAACUCAUGAUCCCAACUAUCAAACGCUCGCCGGAAUCGGAGGCAAUGUAUUCGAUAAACCUGGCGAAGGCGGUGCAGCUGGACCCAAGCCUGGCGCCGGAGGAACCGCCGCCACUCACGAUCCCAACUACCAAACAUUGGCCGGGAUUGGAGGCGACGUCUUCGACAAGAAAGGAGGAGCUGCUCCCGCAGGACCCAAGCCUGGAGCCGGAGGAACCGCCGCCACUCACGAUCCCAACUAUCAAACGUUGGCCGGAAUAAAGGGCGACGUUUUCGACAAGAAGGGUGGCGCUGCGCCUGGAGGUCCCGGCAAACCCGCCGCGCCGGCUAAUCAAGUGAAACUUUUUCCAAAAACAGCCUUUUAUCAUUUUUCAGCAAGCUAAAGCUGCAACUCACGAUCCUAACUACCAAACACUAGCCGGAAUGGGUGGCGAUGUAUUCGGAGCCGACAAAAAAGCUGGAGCUGGUGGAGCUGCAGGAGGACCAAAGAAACCAGUUGCUCCGAUAAAUCAGGUCAGAAUUCACUUACUGUGAAAAGGUCAAAAAAAAACUGGCGAAAUCCCAUCAAAAAGUAGACGAUUUAGCGCAAAAAUAGGACUGGUGAUUUUUUUUUGAUUUUCAAAUUUUUUAUUGAAAAGGAAAUGAAAAAACGGCCCUGAAAAAAAUAUCUUAGACUUUAGCCGUGAAGUCAGCUUUUCGAAGUAGAAUCAAUUUAGCAAGCGAAAGCCGCCACCAAAGAUCCAAACUAUCAAACUUUGGCCGGCAUGGGUGGCGACGUCUUUGGUGCCGACAAAAAGGCUGGUGGUGCCGCCGGCAAGCCAAAAGCACCGAUUAAUCAGGUUGGUGAGGAUAAAUGGGAUUCGUAUGAGAACAGUGACCGUCAUUUAUGAUGAACAAUUUUGAAAGCGAUGAAGCUGCAGAACUUGAACUUUUUCUUGGCAUUAACUGUAGGUACAUAAAAAAAGAAAUUGAGAAAAAAACUUUUUGAAAAAAUUUCAUAAAUCUUUAACUCAACUGACAAGUGGUAGUGAGACAACUAUUAAAAAAAUCAUGUGAGUGAAAAUUGAAAAUUUUGAAUCGAAAUGAUCCGUAAAAAUUAAAAAUCGAUUUAAAAAAAUUUUCUCAAGAAAAAAACAGUGGACAAGUUUCGUGUAUCCAAGAAAAAAAUCAAGAAAUUUAAUGUUCAUAGUUCAUUCCCAAAGCUUACUGUAGUUUUUUUAAAAAGAAGUAUGAGAAAAUUUUCGAAAGUUUAGUGGCAAAAUUUGACUUGUGCGCUUUGAAUAAUGGCAAGCGAAAAACUAUAAACAUAUACAAGCCUUAAAAAUGUAUGAAUUGCAUAAUAAGGAAGAAAAAAGUUCAAAAACAAAAAAUAAAAGCUCAAACGACGAACUGCGGCCUUGUGAUGACUCAACUUGACCCGUGCCUUUGUUUUUGCGGUCGAACAUAAUUUCGAAAACUCGCGCCUUUUUCCAUUCAAAUCGGAAGUGGCGAUCAAUUUUUCUCUAUAUGAUGUUUACAACUACACGGCGUGAAUAAAACAUGCUUUUUUUAAAGUAGUAAAAUCAAUAAACUAGAAAUUUUCAGGAAGCUAAAGCCGCAACAAAGGAUCCUAACUAUCAAACUUUGGCUGGAAUUGGCGGUGACGUUUUUGGAGCGGACAAAAAGAAAAAAUAA